AUGCCCACCGACGUAAACGCCAUCAUUGCCUUGAGCAAGGAGGUGGCAGAGCUCUCCAAGAAAUAUGAGAGUGGUGCAGAGGUCUCCAAGAGCGAGCAGAAUGCUCUUGUACAUGCCGCUGAGAAACUCGCUAUUGCCGUGAGGGAUCCGGAUGAGAAUAUGUACAACAUUGCUGGCCAGGUUUCGCACAAUGCUGCUGUUCGCAGUGCUAUUGCCAUGAACUUGUUUGAUUUUAUUCCUCAUGAUGGAAGCGAUAUUACCCUCGAUGAGCUUUCUAAGAAACUUGGCGGUGCCAACAAGGAGCUUUUGGGCCGUAUCCUCCGUGCCUGCGCCAGCACUCACCUCUUCGAACAAACCGGCGUCGAAUCUUACAAACAAAAUAUGCUCUCCCGCGCCUACCUCACAGAUGACAACAUCCCCCUCGCGGCUCAAAUGUACGAUUUCAUCAGCCACGCCAUCCUUGCCAUCCCGGAGUUCGGUUCCCAGACCGACUGGAAACACAUUGGCGACUACACGCGUGGUCCCUUCCAGGUCGGAUUCCGCACCGAGCUGGGAUAUAUGGAGUAUCUGCAGGCCAAUCCUCAGCGUAUCAAGUCCUGGAACGCUGGUAUGCGUCUGGGACGGAUCGGGCAUCGCACCAGUGCAUUCCCCUUCCAGAAAGCGUUAGAACUUGAUCCUCCAGCGGCUGAGGGUGGGAUUGCUGUUGUUGAUGUUGGUGGUGGUCGUGGUCAGGCUUUGGAGGGUAUUCGCCAAGAUUACCCAGAUAUCAAGGGACGCAUGAUUUUGCUUGAUUUGCCUGGUGUCAUUACCGAUGCGAAGAACAAUGGAUUGCCUCGAUAUAUUGAGACUGCGCCUGGAUCAUUUUUUGAUCCUCUCCCACAAGGAGCACGCCUAUACCACUUCCGUCGUGUCCUCCACAUCUGGGGCCAGCAAAAGGGCAAAGAGCUCCUCGAGAACACCAAGAAGUAUAUGGACGACUACUCGCGUAUCGUCAUUGCAGACAUGGUUCUCGCAGACGUCGGCUGCCUGCGCGAUCUGGCCAUGCAGGACCUCAACAUGAUGAGCCUCGGGGGCAUGGAACGAUCCGAGUCCGAGUGGAAGGAGUUGAUUGCGUCGGCUGGCCUGGUGCUCAACAAGAUCUGGUACAACCACGAUGGACCCAAGCAUGCAGUUGUUGAAGCUGUGUUGCCUACAUACAAGGGCCACAAGCUCGACUAG